GUUCUUUACCAGCAUGGACCUAGCUUUGAUGACAUCAGCUCCAAGUGACCUGUGGUUGGUCAGUUUUCCAGCAUAGGUUCCCUUGGGAACAACAAGGACCAUUGGCUGUGUUCUGAAUGGUUACAAAGCUUGUCCACAUGUUCUGGCAACAUGAUGUCCAGUCCCCCUCUACAUCUGGUUAGUAUGUUUCUCAAUCUCCAUUAUGGUUGGAAACUGAACACUGAUUUACAAGUUUUUGUUCUGGAUCAGUAUAUUAUGGAAAUUUUUUCAUCUUGAAUCAUCUUGUUUUAUUCGCAGGUUUUUCCAACAGUGGAUAAUGUCUGGCACAGUUUGGAUGGUUACCCAGGUAUAUAAUAUAACUUAAAUUGAGUGCAUCUGUUGAGGCAGAGUGGCUAAGUGGUUAGAGUGCUGGACUUGUAAACUGAUGGCCUGGGUUCAAUUCCUUCAACUUCAGUUGGAACACAUUGGAUUUGUUAUUAUCAUUAUUAUUAUAGCUAACCCUCCACUACCCACAUCCUUCCUGAAUUUGACAGAAAUCAGCAGAACUUAUGGAGUCUUUUAUCUGGCGGAUGGCAUCAGCAUUCACUGCUGUGUUGGGAGAUUAAUUUGUCUUGUCAGGGAACCCAGGCAGGGAAUGUUCCGGCUGAUCCUUUCAAUUUAGAGUCAAGCACAUUCAUCAUUUGUCUCAAUAAGCAUCACAAAAUGGCAAUUCUUCUCAAUUUUUUUCUUUUUGAAUUGGACCAUACUGGGGUGUAGGCUUAAUUAAAAGCCUUAGAUCUAUUUAAAAGUUACAUCCAAGAAAUUUCAGCUUUACCCAAGUAGCUAACUCUAUUUUGUUAGCAUAGCUCUUCUCACAUUCUUGAAAAAUAUGAUGGAUUUUUGCCUUUUUUGCUUUAGUUUUUUCAGCUCUUGGAAGUCUCAUUCCUGUGGUAAAAGUCGUGUCUCUCCUCAUUUUAAAACAUAUGCCGAGCUAUCCCCAGAUUGGAGCCAGAUGAGCUGGUUUCUUGUGACAAGGUGACAAAAACUGAGUCCUCUCUGUAAUUUAUCUUUAUUUAGUUAUGUUACUCUAGUAAUUUUAGAAGUUGGAACUUCCACGCUUCAUUAUGUUUGGGGCUGUUUAAAGUUUAUUCAAAAAAUUAUUUCAGUAUAACAGUCAGAAUCUUUUCAGGUUUGUCACUGUUGUCUGAUAUAAUUCAAAGAGUCUGAAUAUUGUCUGCUUUCCUUUGGAAUCCCCCUGGGUAUACCCAUGUGGUGUUUGUAGUCUUUCUAAUUUGGCUAGAAUGAGCAGAAACUUUGGAUUUCCCCUGUCUGUCUUUGGGCUAUAUCUGAUUGGCCAAAUCAAAGUGUCAAGCCAGUUAUUUUGAAAAAACAAUGUUUUGAAAAUGAAAGGUUGUUGGAGUCUUAAAAAAUGGCUGAUGUUGUCUUAACCAUUAUGCAAAGUUUUUACAAUUUUUCUCUUCCUCAUUUACAUUUGAUUAUUUUCAGUGCAAAUUUGUCUAAAGCAGCCUGGGGGACUUUGGAAAAAAAUGGUCAACAACUUUUGAUUCGCUCAUAUGAGAUUGGAGUUUUGUUUCUACCCAAAGACCAGGUAUUUUGUUUAGUUAUAUCCCUGGCAUUUCAGUUGGACAGGAGAAAGAAAAUUCUUUCCUGUGACUGUACCCUUUUUGAUCCAGAUUCCAUCUAUGACUAAGUAGUGAACUGUCAUUUUAUCAACAGGAUCCUGAAAGCAAAUACUUUCAUGUGAAAGGAAAACAGGGAAGUAAUGAAAAAUGGUCGAGUUACAGUGUACAGCUUUCAUUUGAUGUCCCACCUUUGCCAUACACCAAAGAUGGUAAGAUUCCUUGCUUGUGUUCAGGCACUUUAGUAUUAAGGUAUCCUCUUUUCAGUAUGCAUCAUGAAUUUCCAAAUUUGUUUCAAAGUAAAGGUUCUUCCAUGUUAUUUUUUGAGUGUGAAUAAUUCAUAGCAACUUUCUCAUUGUGAAUUAUGGUUGUGGGACUGGUCAUUAUUUAUCCUUGGCAGACUUAGGGGGGCAGGGGGGGUCAGGGGAGCAGGGGGGGUCAGGGGGGGCAGGGGGGUUCGAGGAUUUUUUCUUGUGUCACAAUAAAAUUUACCUGAUCCCCAACAAGACUCUGUAAUAUUCUUAUGAUCCCCCUCCACCCUUUAACUCCCAUGAGUGACCAAAACAGAAUUUCUCCUUACAGAAUCAAUACGAUAUCAAGCAGACAAGUGGUGAGAAUAAAGAAAUAUAUCAAUUUGGGGAUAAUUAGUCGAUUCAAUACUAAAUUCUCUGAACUAACAUGAUAAGAACUGUAUGGUUGACAGUAAGGAGAAUUACAAAUUUGAUCUGGGUGUUAAAGGGUUGAUUGGCAGUCAGUUUUUUUAUGGUCAAGCCUUUAUACUCUGUUGGUGACGGCAGAUCUCCUCUCCUUUCCCCCUGAAAACCAGGUGAUCCCUGGGCACAUGCAGUCAGGUACUUAAAAUCAGUGGUUCAUCUAUGAAAGUCUGGUAUUUCAUGUCAUGUUUGUGUUUUGUCAAAACAGAAUCACCUUGGAUGUGGGAUGUCAAAUACAACACACCUGAUGGUCAUGGUAGAAUAUGGUCACCAUCAUAA